AUGCAUCUUUCCACGUACUUCCUCGCUGUUCUUACUGCAGCCAGUACUGCAAUGGCACACAUGGAAAUGAUUCGUCCACUUCCCUUGAAGAGCCAGUAUGAUCCCAAGAACAAGGAGUCGAACAUCGACUACGAUAAUACCAGUCCCUUGAGAUCAGAUGGAUCCAACUUCCCCUGCCGAGGCCACCACAGGAACACUGCCUGGCGCACUACAUCCACCUACUCCGCCGGCCAGAAAGACUACAUGGAGCUCGCCCCCGGCACCAACCACCGCGGCGGCUCAUGCCAGAUCUCACUCAGCUACGACAACGGACAAACGUUCCGCGUCAUCCAGUCGUAUAUGGGCGGCUGCCCACUGACGCUGAAAUGGGACUUCCAGAUCCCGGAAUCCGCGCCCGCCGGCAAAGCCUUGUUUGCGUGGUCCUGGUUCAACCUGGAGGGCAACCGCGAGAUGUAUAUGAACUGCGCGCAGGUUGAGAUCCAGGGCGGCAGUGGUUCUAGUGCCGAGAGCUUUAACCGGUUGCCGGAGAUUUUCGAGGCGAAUAUUGGGAAUGGAUGCUCGACUGUUGAGUUGAAGGAGACGGUGUUUAAGGAGCCUGGCGAGAAGGUGGGAUAUGCGGGUGGGGUGAAGAAGGGCGAUAAGCCGUUUCCUAAGUGUGGAGCGAAUGUUUGA